AUGUCGCCCUCAGUCCACAAACAGGACCUACAAGCCUUCUGGAGACCUGGAUUCGAGAAAAGAAAGCGCCGCACCCAAGAUAAUGUCGCCGUCGGCUUGAUACAUGCUCAGCAGCAACUUCUUUGGCAAGGAGAUACAGAGAACCCGUUUUCGAGACCCCAUAAAAAGAGCAUUGCAGCUCUGACAAGAGCCAACGAAUGUAUCAGAAUGGCGAGCAGCGGUAGCCAAAGGGGGGGAAGUGUUGGUGGGGAUGGUAGUGGUAAUACUGGCAGGGAGGGCACGAGGGGUAGCAGCAGCAGCCAAAAGUUUCGAGCGUUGCUACCAAGCACUCCUGGAGGACCAUCCAAGCGACCGCCCUCACCGACGGGCCCUGGGGGACUCAAGAAACCAAAGAGAGUAGCCGUGCCAGCUGCCUGUCAGAGUGCCUACCGCUUGGAACGAGCCGAGCCAAGUCUCAUUCCUGGUCUUGUUCGCGAGUCCGAGAAUUGUGAUGGAGUACGCCCAGUGUGCGCCGCGUGUGCGGCCACAAAAGUGAUCUGCGAGUAUUCAGUCCCAGAGGGGCUUUCUCAACGCGAUGCCGAGCGUCGACAGCUUCAGCAGAUGGAGGCUGUUUCCAAGGCCAACCAAGAGGCCGUUUCCAAGGCCAAACAAGAACUGAGAGCACUUGUCGAUGAGCUGCGUCGAGACGGUCAGGCGUCACAGAUCUUGCAAAAGAUACAGGACGCUCCCUCGCUAGACGAUGCCGUUGCUGUUGUCAGCAGCAUUCCCGACAUUGCUGCGCAUGGAGGGGACUAUAUUGAAGAGAGAAUUGACGAGCCCAUGAUUCGACAUCAGCUCAGGCCCGGCGAAUCCAGUGGCCAUGAAAUGGACUGGCAGCCGACCGAGAUGGAAGUCGCCCGCUGGACGCGUAUUGCAGACAACAACGGGCUUCUUACCCACCUCCUAAGCCUUUUCUGGACCUGGGACAACACAGUUUCACCUAUCAUCGAUCGGUGCAUGUUCCUCGAGGACCUCAAGUCUGCCGCUUUGUCACAUUCAAGAGCCCUUCCGCCAGGCGCCAAACAGGUCUUUUGCACGCCUUUCCUUGUCAACUCUCUGUUGGCUGUCGCCUGUUUAUAUUCAACAAAUCCCAACGUAUACACCGUCCCAACCGACACCACAUCCCGUGGCAGAUCCUUUGCAGAAGAAUCCAAAAGACUUCUCCGGGAUGAGCCGCGAUCUCUGACUAAACUGCAGGGGAUUGGUCUGCUAUGGCUCUGGGAAUCUUGCGCAGGUGAUAUCCAGAUGACGGACGAGUUUAUGGAAACAUAUUUCAGAGACUACAUGCUUUUGCAACUGAGCACCAUGGAAAUCCCCUCGGACUUUGAAGAUUGGGACUCGAGGGAGGGUAGAGAGCUGCAGGCCUUAUCUCACAUCAUCUGGGGCAUGUAUUUUACACAUGCGUAUGUUCCCGUCCGCUUACCUCCCGCCUCGACUAGAUAUAUCUUCUCUGCAGGGCAGAAGAGGAGGAAUCAUCUCGACAUCAAAGCUAAUAUAACCACCAGAAAGAUGGCCGUAACCUUCCAAACGCCUUUCCGUGCACCACGGCCGCGAAUACGGCAAAUAUUUGCGGACGAGGAUAUACCACAUAUUUCCAACGCAGAAACGGCGCAUUGGUGGCCCUACCUCGUGAACGAUUCCCGUCACCUUGAGCCUUUGCGCUAUCGUAGGCUGCUCGUUGCCCGGUGCGAAUUGUCGAAGAUUAUCGAGGAUGCCAACAACUUGCUGAGCCAUGGUCGGUUCAAGGCUGAUCCAACCUCAAUGGAGAUAGCGCGGUCCAAAAGUCGGGACUGCUACGCGGAGCUCAUUGAGUGGAAAGCCAAGUUGCCCGAGUAUUUGAAAGCCGAAUACUCCACACUGCCUGUCGUCAUUCUUCUGCACACUUUGUAUGACUCUGCUGUUAUAGAAAUUCUCAACCCCUUGAUGGAGCAUUUUUACAACGACACAAACUUUGCCCGGUCGACCCCCAAGCAACUCCGGCUCGCCGCAAACUUCUCCCUGAUUCACCAUGUCUGCAUAUAUAGGGUGCUGUACUCGGCCAAGUACGAAUACUCGAUCCUUCAAGCCUGCCUCAAGGCCGCAACAACUGCGUUGUACGACCUGCACGACGGCGGCGUCGACAUCUUCCUCCGCGCCUGUCAAGGGCUGUACGAGGCGGGCGAGUUCCUCAAGCUGGCCAACACCUUCUUGGCCGUCACAAAGGGGCUUCUCGAGGCAAACAAGCUCAACUUGCCGGGGGCAGCAGCUAUAGUCGAUGAGAAGUUUUACCCCGAGCUCAAACAUCGCUCAUUCACACCCUUCAAGGAGGACGGCCACCUGCUCAUGUACUGGCCCAAGAAGGUGGUUGACCAUGACUUUUCGGGGCUCAUCAAGCGCGCGGAGCUUCUGUCUAUUAAGGAGAGUCCAUCCCGAACUAGCAAGAUCAGUAAAAGAAACAAGACUUACCAUUGGACCAAGAGCCGCGACACCAGCGCUCAGUGCCAGCACGGUCCCUAUCAGGCUGAUCUUGUUGAAGCCCUUGCCGAGUAUGUCAAAAACAUAACUGGGCGCGACGCGGGUGACGUAGAUGUCGACGCCGUAGGCGAGCACCAGGCUCGUGCUCUCGACGAGGGCGGGGCUCGUGACGAUGCGCCUGACGCCGAGGAUCUCGAGCUCGUGCGACACGACCGUCUUGGGGUCGAUCUCGAUGGCGGGCGCGUAGCGCGACAGGCCCUCCUCGAGCUCCUGGGGCGUGGGGUCGCGGCCGACGGGGCGGCGGGGCUCGAGCCAACCGCGGUGGAAGCCGGCGAUCUGGCGCGAGUGCGGCAGGUAGGCCAGCAGCUGGCGGCUCGAGAUGCCCUGCCUCGUGACGGAGAGAGCCAGGGCCGAGAUCGGGGCGCCGAGCACCCAGGUCUGGCUGACGACCUUGGGCAGGGGCAUCGGGGCGGUCGGGUCCUCGAGGGGCGCGAUGGACGAGAAGUUUGCGGCGUCGCCGAGCGGGCCCCUGUCGUCCGGGUUCUCGGACUCGUAGAGGUCAGUGACGGUGAGCAGGUAGCCCUUGAUAGCCUGGUUGGGGUCCUCGCGGACGGUGUAGUCGCCAAACAUGGUGCAGAUGAAGAAGUUCUCUGA